AUGGCCUGGUGGGAUAGCUCCCAGCCCAACUGGCUCAAGAAUCUCAUGCCAAGCUACGCACACGAGCUCGAAGAGGUCCGCGAAGAACUAGAGACACAGCUUGAGAUUCUAACCCAUCACCCAGGCAAUCAGCGGAAGGUGAGCGAGAAACUCCUCAAAACUGCUGCCUCCAUGACCAAGAUCCAAACAUUGGGACAAGAUAUAGCGGUGUACUUCCCUGAUCAUCCGUUCGUCGCUCGCAGACAUCCCAAGUUCUUUCAGGUUCAGUUCCCGCGAUACUGUCAGUUCUAUGCAAACACUUUUAUUACCCUUAGUAGGAAGCUUUUGGAUGAGCCGGGGAGUGAGGAGUUUGUUGCGAAUCAGGUUAAGCGUAUGUUGGAGAAAUUGUAG